GCCCAACCCCUUCACCGCGUCUUGCUCGCGAAGCAAUGAUCGCACGGCGAUGGCGACAUCAACACCCAAGAGCCAGGAUGUCCAGCGGCAACCAAUUCGCUACCCGCUGUGGUUUGGAGGCACUGCAAGCUCUUGCGCAGCUGGUGUGACACACCCGUUGGACCUCAUGAAGGUAGAACUGAACUCCGCUCAGCAAUUCGAACGGCCCGACUCACACUCUCAAGGUUAGGCUACAGAUGCAACCACAUGAUGGCACUCGCAAAGGCUUGGUUGGCAUGUUUACACAUGUGGUGAAGAGCGAUGGGAUAUCAGGACUAUACAGAGGGCUGUCUGCGUCGCUCCUACGCCAGAUAACAUACAGCACAGUCCGAUUCGGAGUCUACGAACAACUCAAACAAACCUACGAUGAUGGAUCGAAACCAUCUAUAUCAAAGCUGAUCGCCAUGUCGUCGGCCUCUGGAUUUCUUGGGGGUAUUGCCGGAACACCAGCAGAUAUCCUCAAUGUCCGCAUGCAGAACGAUGCCGCACUCCCACCUGAGCAGAGAAGGAACUACAAACACGCGAUCGACGGUCUUAUUCGAAUGGUGCGCGAAGAGGGUGCUGCAAGUCUGUUCCGUGGCGUGUGGCCCAACAGUGCUCGCGCCGUCCUCAUGACAGCGUCGCAGCUGGCGAGUUACGAUGUCUUCAAGAGCCAGUUGCUGGAGCGUACGAGUCUGAAAGAUGGUCUGACUGUGCACUUUUCGGCGUCAUUGAUGGCCGGGUUCGUGGCUACCACGGUGUGCAGUCCCGUGGAUGUCGUCAAGACGAGAAUCAUGAGCGCACAGACGAAGGAAGGACUGUGGACAUUGGUGAAGCGGAUCACAGCGAAUGAGGGCAUUCUGUGGACCUUCAAGGGAUGGCUACCCAGCUUUAUUCGGCUGGGGCCGCACACAGUUGCGACAUUUUUGUUCCUGGAACAGCACAAGAAGAUAUACCGCAGGUUGCACAACAUGGACUAGAAACAGUUGCGAGGCGAUGCGUAGUCGCGAAUGUCCUAGGGGCGUAACAGCAUUGUAGUGGACCCUACAAAGGCCAAAGUCGGCAACCUAGAGGUGGCAUAGAGGCAAUAUAGAUCGGGAGGCAACAUAGAGGGAUUCCUAGACGAAUGCAUAGAGGGCUCGCAUGGAGUUGUGGGCUGAGUGUACAUAUUGCACCUAGCAUCGUUACUGUGAUGGAAGAAGCUGAG